UGUUGCCUGUUGGCACUUGGUACCCCGUAAUAACCAACGCAAUCGAGCUAAUCCUCUGCCGUCAGCUCCAGCCCGCGUCUAGCUGUGUCCUGUGCGCACUGUGCACACAUAUCGUCGGCUUCCUUUCUCCACGACAUUAUAUAGCUGUCGCUGCGCUCGAGACUUCUUCCCAGUAUUGUAUUCCUCCCGUUCCCCUUCCAGAACGAUCCAUCUGCCCCGUCUCUUGGAUUUCCCAAGUUCUUUGUUCUUUGCUAGACAUCCAGCUCGCCCUGUUGAUCAAGACAAUUCGGGGACUUGAAGCAACCCGGGGACUUGAAGAGGGGCCUGACUAGUUGCAGUUUCGAAGGGGAUCGAUGACGUUCUGCGCCGAUUUCGAUGCGCGGCGGGCGUCGCCGGCGGACCUGCGAGUGGUCACCUCGGACGGGCAGAGCAUCGCCGCUCAUUCCUACGUUCUUGCCACGGCGUCGCCGGUGCUGGAGCGGAUGAUCGACAGGGCGCGGCGCGGGUGGGGCGCGGCCGAGUGCACGAUCCGCGUCCUCGGCGUGCCCACCGACGCCGUCCGCGCGUUCCUCCAUUUCCUCUACUCCUCCAAGGUCGCGCCGGGCGAGGAAGAUCUAGUGGGCGCACACGGGGCGCAGCUGCUCGCCCUGGCGCACGCGUACCGCGUCGGCUGGCUGAAGCGGGCGGCCGAGGCGUCCGUGUCGGCGCGGCUCGCCCCAGAGCGCGCCGUGGACAUGCUGAAGCUCGCCGGGCUCUGCGACGCGCCACGGCUGUACCUGCGGUGCGCGCGUCUCGCGGCCAAGGACUUCGCGGCAGUCGAGCAGUCCGACGGCUGGCGCUUCGCGCGCCGCCACGACGCCGCGCUCGAGCUCCAGCUGCUCCAGCUGCUCGAGGACGCCGACCAGCGGAGGGAGCGGUGGGCAAGGGAGAAGGCAGCGCAGGAGGCGUGCCGGCAGCUCGGCGAGGCCAUGGCGUCGCUCGAGCACGUCUUCUUCGGGGACGGCGCCGGCGCCGGCACGUGCGCGGGGGCGGAAUGCACGUGCCAGGGCCUGCGGCUGCUGAUGCGGCACUUCGCGACGUGCGCGAAGAAGAUCGCCCCGGGCGGUUGCGCGCGCUGCAAGCGCAUGCUGCAGCUCUUCCGCCUCCACGCCUCCGUCUGCGGCCGGACCGACCAGACAUGCCGUGUGCCGCUGUGCAGCCAUUUCAAGGCGAAGGCGCAGACGGAGAAAACGGACAAGACAUGGCGGCUCCUGGUGAAGAAGGUGACGAGGGCGAAGGCGAUGUCUUGCUUGACCAAUAGGAAGGUGCCGGAGGUUGUGGCCAUGUCAUGGGCGAGGUACAACAGCAGAGUGGCCAAGUUGAGAUGAGAAGAAAGUCGUACAUGGCCAUUUCCAACUUGGCAUGCUUUGGUUUUGCAGUAAAUCGUCAAGAACCAGCAAAACAUCAUGCCAUUUUGGCAUUGGUCUUGUGGGCCAAGCUUAGCCUGGAGGUGAGAAUUAAGCUGUACAUUAGUAUUAUGCAGUUAGUGUUAUAGGUGUGUUCGAUCUCCCGGUUAAGGUGUAAUACCGCGCCUUCACAGAAACAUUUUAUUGAGUAGGAUGGUGAUAUUUGAAUGA